GACCCAAGAGUUAGCAAUAUUGCUAAGCUCUACUAGAGUUUGUACGGUGCGUAUCAUCUCGAAGUGGAAUUAUGGCUGGUAGAAGGGGAUAGAUAAGUCCAGCUUUGAAUAAAAUGGCUAGCUAGCUAGACACAAUAUACUUAUGGCCGUUUCAGAAUACCAAAGAAUUAUUUGGGUGACCGUCGCUGUAAGCUGCAUUUAGUAAGAAAUAUCUGUAUCCAGCAUUCAUCCCGGGGAAAAAAUUAUCCAGCCGUAUGCUGCGGGAGGAACGAGACGGGAGCAGGAGACUCAACGGGCCUUCACUAAGCAAAUUAAGCCCGGUGUCUUGGCCUUGUACUCUGCGAUUGACUAGUGAUGGGUUCCUGGAAAAGACUUUGUCCAAAUAAGAAGCAACCACUUACAAAUUAGACCUGCAGUAGAUAUGCAGUGGAUGACGUGAACAUCGCUGGGUCUACAUUGAAAUCAGAACAUGAGUGAGGUCCAGGCCACUGUGGAGUUUUCCGUCGAACUCCUCAAGUUCUAUAAUGUGGAUCUGUUUCAGAGAGGGUUUUAUCAAAUCCGCGGCAGCAUGAAAGUGCCAACACGGGUCCCUCACAAGAUCGAGACAAGCCUGCUGCGCCCUGCUGGUCCUGAUCUUGCCUUCCCUGCCACAGUUCACAAUGGUUCCAUCUGCAGUAAAACAUUUCAAAUCCUCUAUAAGAAUGAAGAAAUUGUCAUCAAUGAUGUCCUUCUAUUCAAAGUAAAGUUGCUGCUUGAUGAAAAGAAGGUUGAAGUUUUACUCAACGAAAUGGACUUCCAACUGUCAUUAGACUUGCACUUCACAGAUGGAGAUUAUUCGCCAGAGGAUAUGAGUUCCCUGCCAAUGAUCAGCAGCCGCACGCUUCGAUUGCACUUUAAUCUUUACUGUGGUGUUCACCAGCAUGUCAACGUCAUGUUUGAUUAUUUUCACCUCUCAGUCGUCUCUGUUACUGUCCAUGGGUCCUUGGUUGCUCUACAUCAGCCCCUUGUAAGUUUUCCACGGGCAGUGAAAAGUACCUGGCUGAACCGCAAUGCACCAGCACAGACCAAAGAAUCCGUCAUCCCUACCCUGGAGAGUGUUGUAUUUGGCUGUAGCUACACUAAACAGCUCUCCUCGGAUGGCAGGACAUCCAUUGUGUCGGAACACUGCUUGCAGCAUGCCUACAGUCUACACUACAGCCUCUGUGCCAGUCUCCUGCUGGCUUAUCAGGGCCUUUUCAGCUACUUCAUUACAGUAACCAAGGACCUGCACUCCUCUGUCAGAAUGGACCUAGCCAAGCCCAGCAUGCAAGCCCUUUAUGAGCGAGUACUUGGAAGACCCUAUCCCCGAAGCCAGAGAAACAUCUACAUAGAGAAACUGGACAUGGAUGCCCGACUCUCUGAGCUAUGUGAUCAAGUAAAGCAGAAAGCAGAUAACCCUGAUGAGCUUGCAGAACUUGUGAACAUGAACCUCGCACUGCUCUGCUCCAUGCUGAUGGCCCUGUGGGGGCAAUUUCUGGAAGUAGUGUCCCUCCAAGAGGAUGUCACCUCCCUUCUUGCUCGGGAGCAUCACGCACUCAGAGUACGAAGGUUUGCUGAGGCUUUCUUCUGUUUUGAGCACCCAAGAGACACUGCUUUGGAAUAUCAAGAACUACAUGCUCACAGCCACUUACAGAUCACCACAGCAAUCAAGAACUCAGCCUACUUCCUGUCUCUACCUCCUCUGCCUGUUGAAAUCAACAUUCCUUUCUUGCUAAAAGAUCGUGAUGUGCCAUGGCUUGGUGUCCACCAUACAAGGAGCAGCUCCAUCGCCAACAAAGUUGACAAGUCAGACCUGAAGGAGUGCAAUGCUUUGGGCUACCCUAACCCAGACCCCAAACUUCACCAAACAAUGAUGUCCACUGCCUGGCCUGGUGAGGAUGAAAAGCCAUUAAAGCCACAGAAGGGGAAGCAAGAGGACUCCUUUAAGUUCAGGGGAAAGUCUGUAAAGAUGAGAAAGAACAUCAAGACAGAAAAUUCCAAGAAACUAGUCAAACAGAGUUCUAAAGACUCAGUAGUUCUUGUUGGCUUCAAGUGUCUAAAAGUCUCUCUCACUGAAAGCAGUGGCAAAUGCAAAGAAGAUGAGUUGCCCAAUCAAAAGGAGGAAUGGGAGGCUUUACUGGGGAACUCUAGCGGUGAUGAAAGGACUUCCACUAAGCAGUUGAAUGAGCCAGAAGUUGCACCUUCCCUUCCAUAUCAAAAUUCCAUUGAAUCCACAAGUGUCCAUGUAACUAGCACUAAAAGAAAGGGAGGUGGUUCCUUUACUAAUGAUUUGAAUUUGGCUGUAGUGAAUAAUGCCCAGACUGGAAUUGGGACUGCAAUUUUAGAAAGUGAAGCAGUGCAUAAAAGUGAACUACCAUGUAGCCUAAAGUUGGUCCAAGAACCUGAGCUGGUCCCGAAACCUGGGGUCAGGCAUAUUGAAGUGAAGCCAAGCAACAAAAACCCAUAUCAAGGGGAGAAAGUGACUGUCAUAAUGCCUUUUCAGACUGACAUAACCUUCCAAGGUGCCAUUUCUGAUGUCACUCAAACAGACUGUACAAAAUCACUCACAGAACGAGAUUUUGUCUUUGAGAAGAAUAUAGGCCUAAAGUCUGAUGAAAGGCUGCCAGGACUCAGUCAGGCAGGUGUGUCCACAAAGGAGAUUCACCUGCUGGUGGGGGGUGACUCCAUCAAGCUGGCAGACAUUGGGGGGCCCUGUGCCUCAUGCCACCUGUCAGACUCAGGGAUUGAGAGUGAGCCUAGUUCUGGGUGGGCAGUGGAUGAACAGGGUCACCAACCAGUAGCAAGGGCCUUUCAGGCCUCUCAGCUGAUUAGGCUGGACUCCACGGUGAAAAGCAGUGGGGUAGAGAGUCUUUUUACUGAAAGUACCAGUGCAGUCAGUGGUAUCCAAUCCUCCCUCACGUCCAUCAACUCCCUGCCAUCUGAUGACAAUGCUGAGGAUGGCUCUCGAGAAUCCAUGACACCCGAGGGUCAUUCCACAUUAGAUGGGGUAAAGGGAAACAUCUUCAGAAGGGAUCAUGGCAGGAAAUCCAGCGUUGUGGUGCAGGAGCAGAAUGUGGUGUUCUCUGGGAACAUGGAUGGUAUUCCCAGCACCAACACUAACAUAAUUGGCACUACAGUCACAACCAGUUCCUGCACACAUGGCACAGCCACAGUCUCCAAUGUUUGCACAGAAGAACAGAGGUGCAGAUCAGCUUUAAUCAGUCUGAGAGCUCAACCGUCAGCUCCAUCUUGCUGUGUCCCUAUAUUCCAGGAUGCUGCCUUGGACACUCCAAGUUGUUCAAAUAUUGCUCUGCCUGUACUCACUACUGAAAUCAAACACAAGGAAGUGGAUGAGGAGACAAGUGAUGUAAAAAGUUCCAUAGAAGCAAAACAGGAGAACCUCCCCAGGGAGCCUCAGACAACAUGUCAUUCUAGCACCUCAACCACAAGUAGCACUGACAUUGUCAGACAGGGCCUAGUCGAGAAUUACUUUGGCUCACACUCUAGCACUGAUAUCUCUGAGAUCAGCCCUGUGGAGACUGCUGUAGUCACCCUGGGUCAGGUGGCAACAGUAGAGGAGGAGGAGGGUGAGCCAGAGCAUGAGAUGAUUGAGAAUGGCUACUAUGAGGAAGGGAAUGACCAUACCUAUUUAAACGAUGUUGAAGGGGCAGACUUUGGGCACUGUGAUGGGGUUGAAGAGGGAGAAGAGAGGGGCUCUCAUUUAGAACAGCUCAGCAUGGAGCCCUUCCGUGAAAUUGGAAACCUUCCCGGUGUCUGCACCCGCAGCUGCCUCUCCUUUACUUGUGCAUUGCGGGAUUCCCCAUGCAGCCUGGGCUGUUCUCGGGGGAAGUUGGAUGCUGUCACCAGACAGCCCUGCCAUGCCCCCUCCCCUUCUGCUUCUGUCUCUUUGCACUGGUACAAGAAUGCCCCCACCGCACAAAUGAACGCCUUUGUCCAGGCUAAAGAGGACUUGAAGCAACUGAAGUUACCAGGUUUUCUGUACAGUAAGGUGCCUGACCUGGCCUCCAGCAUCCCCUACUUCAGUUUGGAGGAGGAGGAGAGAUCAGAAGAGGGAAUUCAUCUCAUAGUUUGUGUCCAUGGCCUUGACGGUAACAGUGCUGACCUGCGGUUGGUGAAGACCUACCUGGAGCUGGGGUUACCUGGAGCUCGUAUUGACUUCCUAAUGUCAGAGCGUAACCAGAAUGAUACCUUUGCUGAUUUUGAGUCAAUGACAGACCGGCUCUUGGAUGAAAUUGUGCAGUACAUCCAGAUCUAUAAUCUCACCAUCUCUAAAAUAAGCUUCGUGGGUCAUUCCCUGGGGAAUUUAAUAAUCCGGUCUGUGCUGACAAGGCCCAGGUUCAAGUACUACCUGAACAAGUUACACACCUUCCUGUCCUUGUCAGGGCCACACCUGGGAACCCUGUAUAACAGCUCUGCAUUGGUCAAUACAGGUCUUUGGUUUAUGCAGAAGUGGAAAAAGUCUGGCUCCUUACUGCAGCUGACUUGUCGUGACCACCCGGACCCUCGUCAAUCCUUUCUUUACAAGCUGAGCAAAAAAGCAGGUCUUCAGUUUUUCAAGAAUGUUGUGCUGGUUGGCUCACUGCAGGACCGCUAUGUCCCCUACCAUUCUGCUCGCAUUGAGAUGUGCAAAACGGCCUUAAAGGACAAGCAGUCAGGUCCAGUGUAUGCUGAGAUGAUUGAAAACCUGCUUCUUCCAGUGCUGCAGAACAAAGAGUGCAACCUAGUACGUUAUGACGUUAUCCACGCCCUGCCUAACACCGCCAACUCCCUCAUUGGCAGGGCCGCCCACAUUGCUGUCCUCGACUCUGAGAUCUUCCUGGAGAAGUUCUUCCUGGUCGCAGGUCUUAAAUACUUUCAGUGACUGGAGGGAGAACACAGCUAUUACCUCAUUCAUCCAAACAUAAUGGUUGAAAAUUGUUGUGUCCAGUUCAUUUAAGUUUUGAAGAUAUUUAUACUUUUAUAUGGGAGGCAGAAAAUAUAAAAGUGUUUGUAUGUCAUGUUUUUUUUUUCUUUUUGUUAGCCUUUUUAUGGUUAAUUUGUGGCUGUGCAGCUCUUUUUUUACUUUUCUACUGCCUUUUUAAUGAUACUUUUAAUUUUUUGUAAUGUGUGUCGAUGCUAAAGUUGAUUCCAUCAUGAACUUAUUGGAGAAGUUUUAUUCAUGGAGAAACCUCUAUUUUAUUGGCUCAUCGGAUUCAGGAAUACAAUGUUAAUGGUGAACUGGAAUAUGUAGCUGCUAUAAAUAUUUAUUAUUUUAUUGGCUUACUAAGGCACAAGUAUCUUAUAAUUUCUUUAGAAAACAAUGCAUUUUACAAUGUGUCAUUUACAUUGUUUCACCUGUGGAAAAUAAUUUUUCUACUGAGAUAAACAGUACUUUUUGCUAUUCAGAUUGACUUCUUACAGCAUUGAUAGUUUUCAAAGGAUUCCAGCUGUAUUUAAGAAGAUUUUUGAAUGUAGAGAAAACAAAGCUACCUUGGAUAUGGCUUUGGUUUUGGUUUUCCUAUCCAUUACAAUGUAAUAAACAGUAAUAAUAUCCUAAUUGUGGAAGGGGUUGGGGAAAACAGUGCUAAGAAGAACAAAUGAUUGUGAAUAUUUUAUUACAGGGUUUUUAAAUGAUCGAGAAAAGUUGAGCAGACAGCGGGUCAGUUUCAUAUGGUCAACAACUUUUGCAUUCAAAAUUUUGGUUUAUAGAAUUACUUUAAAGUUCUGUGUGUAUCUGGUUGAAUGGAAAUUCUUGUUUGUGGAACAAAGAAGCAGCUUUGUUUUAAUACUGACUGAUGCAUGUUCUCAUUUCUUUGUCCAAGUGAUUUGUACCAUCAUGUGCACUCUUUCCCAUUAAAUGUACUCUAAAUGA